GUAGGAGACUCAAAUGCACGUGCCAAGGCGCGCCACAGUUUGGCGCACACAAAGGAGCGGAUGAGGGGCCAAAGUCAGAUCAAUUAUUUCUGACGCAUCAAGAUCCCAAACCUAAAUUGUAAGCCUAAGAACAAUGAAAAAAGCAUAACAAAACAUGCUUGUACCAAAGUAGCUAAAAUAGACAAUUAAUACUUUGACAUUUAACGACAAUAGUCAGUAAAAAUGUGCCUUUAUUUUGAAAGUCAUCCCGGAUGUUCUUCUCAUCCAGACCACUGACGUUGAUGUUUUCGUUUUCUUAAAAAUGGAUGCCAGUAAGAUGUUUGUUGUAUUUUCCCAAUUCCGUGAAUAGGAUGAGGCGUUUGUUUGAAGGAGCCUUUCAAUCCAGUAACUUCGACAGUUUUGCAGGAGGCGAGCUGCUGGCGGACAGGUAUUUUUAGUGCCAAAUCGUCUUGCGUCGUUCUGUUGUUGUUUUGCCGUCGUGUCAACAUGGACACGGUAUAUAGUGCAAUGCUUUUGGUGAGAAGGUCUUUGGAUGCCCCUACAACUGAAGUAACAAACAUGACAGACAUCAAUAAAGCGAGUCCUCACGGCUGUGACAACGGCGCACUCACGGACAGGUUCGGUGUGUUGAUACAGGGGCUGCUUGGCAUCGUCGCCUUCAGCACUCUAAUGUUAAAACGAUUCAGAGAACCAGCAGGAAUUAGACGACCCUGGAGGAUUUGGUUUUAUGAUACAUCAAAGCAAGCCAUUGGCGCUCUUUUCAUUCACUUUGCCAACGUCUUCCUUUCUACCUUCACUAAGGAGGACCCAUGUUCCCUAUAUCUGAUGAACUUUCUUUUGGAUGCUACACUUGGGAUGCUGGUCAUCUGGUUGGCUCUGAAGUUAGUUUCCAGACUUGUGGAAUACAAACAAUGGACACUCCUCAUACUUGGAGAAUAUGGUGACCCUCCACAAGCCGCUGCAUGGCUUGGUCAGUGUGGCAUUUAUUUGCUUAUUAUGGUGCUGGAAAAAGGAGUUGUCAGCCUGGUGCUGCUCAUCCCUGGAUGGUCUGAAUUGCAAGAAGUGCUUUUGGGCUACAUCGCUAACCCUCAACUGGAGCUUGUGCUGGUCAUGCUCAUUGUGCCAUUCAUUGUCAAUGCAAUCAUGUUCUGGGUGGUGGAUAGUUUGAUGAUGAGGAAGUUUAAGACGAUGAAGAGUUUGGAUGACACAUGUGACAGCUCUGUGAAGAAAGCUGAUUCUUUGCUAAACCCAGAUGAAAUACAGGUUCUCUUAACAGAGGAGACAGACACAGAAGAGGCUUCAGAAGGUGAAGAGGAUGAAAAUGAAUCUGUUCCUCAAGUGCAAUAUUCAGGAGGACCACUGAGACCCAGCUGGGUCACUGUUUAAAUUUGCAUCCCUUCACUUAAUCCGUCCAGUAUCCACAUGUACACAAAACCUCUCACUAAGUGUCUGAAUAUUAUAUUAGACUUCAGUUGGGAUUGUUUGUCAUGGCAGCUUUUGUUGUUUUUUAUGAUUAUAAUGAGCAAAAGUAUGUUACACAUAUAUAAAAACAUCCAGUGUAUGAUAGUAUAAUCUAUGUGCAAACUGACUUCAGAGUAACCUCUACUGAAAGUAUGUGGCUAAAUAUUAUUACCCAGCACAGCACCUGCAGGGUGAGUGUAGUCUUUACUCAAAGCUUUAAUCAGAAACGGUAUCAAAUACCAAAGAACAUCAAAAAGCAGAGUAUGUAUUUUAUUGGAAUGCAUCAAAUAUUUUAUUCACAUAAUUUACCUUUUUUUAAUUAAAUUGUAAUUACAGUAAUUAUAGUAUGUGUUUCCUUUACUUAAAUGAUCAUGAUGUCACACAGGAAUUCAAGUUACAGGUUCAAAUAUUCACUUUAUUUUGUAUGUUGCACAUCAAAAUGAUUUUGAGCUUUCAAAGCUGACAGGGACCAGUUGACACAAUGUAACCUUUGUGAUGGUGAUGAUGGUAAAACUAAAAUCAUGGCCUUAAAGAGUUCAUCAUCAUUUCAUUUAAAUGUUUUAUUCCCAAUUUACAGGGAUUUAUGUACACAGCUGCAGCUCUUGUGUUGUGUAAUAUAUUAGUAACUCUGUUUUUUUGGUUUUUUUUCUUGUAAAUGACAUUUUGUCUUCCGUGGUUCAGCCUGUGGUAAUGGAAAGUUGAUGAAAAGUGAUGUAACCACAAGUAUUAAAUAUAGCUGUAAAUGUUUUUUUUUUUUUUUAACAACUGUCCACAACUGCAUAUUACUAGUGUUCAAAAUUGCAUUGUUGUUUUUUUUUAAAUUUGCUUUUUUAUUUAUGUUUUCUUUUUUUUUCUUUCUUUUUUUUUUACAAGUUUCUGAAAAGAGCACAGUGCAUACCAGCGUGCUGCACAUGUCAAUGGUGCUUGUUACUGAAUGUAUCUCUUUAAUCUCCUCUCUGAAUAAAGGUGAUAGACAUGGAGCACAGUUGUUGGUGGAUUCCUGUAGUAGCCAGAGCAGUGCAGCCUGAUGACAGAUCCUCUGAGUGGGACAUGGCCAGUGCACACCUGUGUGGGUGGAGCGAGCUGCUUUGUGACCUGCAGCUGAUGACAGAGUGCACUGCUCAGCCUGUGUGUCUGGGGCCUGGACCACUCUGCUGUGUGAGCUGUCACUCCUGAAGAGGGGGCCACUUACUUUGCUACGUAUCCAUGGAAACCAGGUGUGAACAUCCAGAAUGUGGAUACACACAGAAAAGAUAGAGCUAGUAAGACAAUGCCUUUUACCUGUUAUUUUGUAGUGGGAUGUGA